AUGGUUAUGAAUCAUCUAUUACAUAUUAGCAACAUAUUUAAUUUUCAGGAAUCUUAUUUAUUCAUUCAAAUAGUUUUCCUGACGUGGAUAUCACAAAGUCACCAGUUUUAUGUACCGGGCAUGGCCCCAACAGACUUCAAAAAGGGAGACCUCAUAGAAGUGAAGGCAGUGAAAAUGACCAGUAUCAACACCCUGCUACCUUAUGAGUAUUAUUCCCUACCUUUUUGCCUGCCUAAAGGAGGCUCUGAUGCCAUACACUACAAAUCUGAGAAUUUAGGGGAAGUUCUGAGAGGUGACAGAAUUGUGAACACUCCCUAUGUGGUCAAGAUGGCUGAGACAGUUUCGUGCAGUUUACUCUGCAAUUCUCCUGACAAACCAAUUCAUUGGGGUGUUGGGGAGUCUCAAAUUGUCAUUGACAGGAUACAACAUGAAUAUUUUGUACAUUUGUUGGUAGAUAACUUGCCUGCUGCCACACAAAUCAUCAAUUCAGACCUCAAUGAAGUUUUAUUUGAACAUGGCUACAGAUUAGGAAAUACAGUGGGAGAUAGAAAUUUCAUCAACAAUCAUUUGAAGCUGACUCUACUAUAUCACAAACCACAACCUGAUAUAUACAGAGUGGUGGGUUUUGGCAUCCAAGCCAAAUCAGUGGCCUUGGAGGAAUUGAAAUUCACUGAUGGAAAAUCAUGUGAGUUUCCAUCCAAACCAUCACCACAAAUUGUGGACCCUGUAGGUGGCACUAAACUAUUUUUCACUUAUGAAGUGGAGUGGGAGGAAUCUUCUGUAAGCUGGGCAUCUAGAUGGGACACAUAUUUGGUCAUGAGUGAUGCCCAAAUCCAUUGGUUCUCCAUUAUAAACAGUAUUGUUGUCAUUUUCUUCUUAGCAGGCAUUUUGACGAUGAUAAUGGUCAGGACACUAAGAAGAGACAUCGCGAAAUAUAAUGCCGACGAAAGUUAUGACGAAACGAUCGAAGAAACUGGUUGGAAACUUGUCCAUGGCGAUGUUUUCAGGCCUCCCAAAAAUUCACGAUUAUUCGCCGCCUUGAUAGGAUCAGGCAUCCAAAUUUUCCUCAUGUCACUAAUAACCAUUUUUUUUGCUAUGUUGGGCAUGCUCUCCCCAGCGUCACGUGGGGCCUUAACUACAGCCGCUAUUACUUUCUACAUGAUUCAUGGCGCUGUUGCCGGUUACUUUUCCGCCAGGUUGUACAAGACCAUGAAAGGACGAGAAUGGAAACGGGCAGCUUUUCUAACAUCCGUCCUCUACCCUGCUGUGGUCGGCCUGACUUGCUUCUUCCUCAACUUCUUCAUAUGGGGCAAAGCCAGCAGCGGGGCUGUACCCUUCGCCACCAUGAUCAGCCUGCUGCUGAUGUGGGUGUUCAUCUCGCUGCCGCUGGUCUAUCUCGGCUACUAUUUCGGGUAUAGGAAGCAGCCCUAUCAGCACCCGGUGCGGACCAAUCAGAUCCCGAGGCAGGUGCCGGAACAGCACUGGUACAUGAAUCCGUUUUUGUGUACUCUGAUGGCCGGAAUUCUACCUUUUGGUGCCGUUUUCAUAGAACUGUUCUUCAUAUUCACCGCCAUAUGGGAAAACCAGUUCUACUACCUCUUCGGUUUCCUCUUUUUGGUUUUCGUCAUACUGGUCAUAUCCUGCUCCCAAAUAUCCAUAGUUAUGGUAUAUUUCCAGCUUUGUGGUGAGGACUACCACUGGUGGUGGCGGAGCUUCAUCGUAUCAGGAGGCAGCGCCCUCUACAUCAUGGGCUACUCCUUCUUCUAUUUCAUGACCAAGCUCGAGAUCACCGAGUUCAUACCCAUCCUGCUCUACAUGGGCUACACGGGCCUGAUGGUGUUCACCUUUUGGGUGCUGACCGGAACCAUCGGCUUCUUCGCGGCGUACGCUUUCGUCAGGAAAAUAUACGCGGCCGUCAAAAUCGACUAG